AUGACAGGAGGAGGGAAGAUCGGACGAGGAAUCGAUUGUCGCCGGCGCGGAGGGCUUGGCGACGGCGACCUAGCUUUCCGGCGCGAAGGAAUCGCUCCCGCGCGUCGAGCGAUGACGAGCGAGCCACGAUCCCCUGCGAUGACCAGCGAGCGAGCGACGGCGCCGAAUCGGUCUCCCAACGCGCGGCGGCGUUCUGUCUCCCUUCAGAGUUCCAGUCGCGAUUUUGGGGGGGUGAAGAAUGAAGACAGACUGAAUCUGUCCUUCAGGGUGAGUCAUUAG